GGGGCGGAGCGGGACCCGGAGCGGGAUCGAGCCCUCGCCGCGGCCUGCCGCCAUGGGCCCGCGCCGCCGCCGCCGCCUGCCACCCGGGCCGCGCGGGCCGUGAGCGCCAUGGCCGUGGCAGGGGCCCCCGCUGGCGGCCCAUGCGCGCCGGCGCUGGAGGCCCUGCUCGGGGCCGGCGCGCUGCGGCUGCUCGACUCCUCGCAGAUCGUCAUCAUCUCCACGGCGCAGGACGCCAGCGCCCCGCCGGCCCCCGCCGGCCCGGCCGCGCCCACAGCCGGCCCCCGCGACCCCGACCUGCUGCUCUUCGCCACGCCGCAGGCGCCCCGGCCCACACCCAGCGCGCAGCGCCCGGCGCUCGGCCGCCCGCCGGUGAAGCGGAGGCUGGACCUGGAAACUGACCAUCAGUACCUGGCUGAGAGCAGCGGGCCAGCUCGGGGCAGAGGCCGCCACCCAGGAAAAGGUGUGAAAUCGCCAGGGGAGAAGUCACGCUAUGAGACAUCGCUGAAUCUGACCACCAAACGCUUCCUGGAGUUGCUGAGCCGCUCGGCUGAUGGUGUUGUCGACCUGAACUGGGCAGCGGAGGUGCUGAAAGUGCAGAAACGGCGCAUCUACGACAUCACCAACGUCCUCGAGGGCAUCCAGCUCAUUGCCAAGAAGUCCAAGAAUCACAUCCAGUGGCUAGGCAGCCACGCAGCAGUGGGGAUUGGUGGGCGGCUUGAAGGACUGACCCAGGACCUCCGGCAACUGCAGGAGAGCGAGCGGCAGCUGGACCACCUGAUCCAUAUCUGCACCACACAGCUGCGUCUGCUUUCCGAGGAUGCUGACAGCCAGCGCCUGGCCUACGUGACCUGCCAGGACCUUCGUAGCAUCGCCGACCCUGCAGAGCAGAUGGUCAUGGUGAUCAAGGCCCCUCCCGAGACCCAGCUUCAAGCCGUGGACUCCUCAGAGACCUUUCAGAUCUCCCUUAAGAGCAAACAAGGCCCCAUCGACGUUUUCCUGUGCCCUGAGGAGAGUGCGGGCGGGAUCAGCCCUGGGAAGACCCCGUCCCAGGGGGCAGCUUCCGGGGAGGAGGACAGGGCAGCUGACCCUGCCACCACAGUGCCACCACCACCAUCAUCUCCCCCCUCAUCCCCUGCCACGGAUCCCAGUCAGUCCCUACUCAGCCUGGAGCAAGAACCUCUGCUUUCCCGGAUGGGUGGCCUGCGGGCCCCCGCGGACGAGGACCGCCUGUCCCCGCUGGUGGCGGCCGAUUCGCUCCUGGAGCAUGUGCGGGAGGACUUCUCCGGCCUCCUCCCUGAGGAGUUCAUCAGCCUAUCCCCCCCCCAUGAGGCCCUCGACUACCACUUUGGCCUUGAAGAGGGCGAGGGCAUCAGAGACCUCUUCGACUGUGACUUUGGGGACCUUACUCCCCUGGAUUUCUGACGGGGCUUAGGGGGACCAGGGCCUCCUGAGAUGCCCACCCUGUCUCUGCAGCCCUGGAGCCCCCUGCCCCUGGCCGUCCUCCUAGCCUAAUUGGAAAUGUUUAAUUUAUGCCCCUCUCUCCUGUCUCCAGAAGCUUCUAGCUCUGGAGUCUGGCUACUGCCAGGAGGCUGAGCAAGCCAGGAAGGGAAGGAUUCUGUUUGUGGUGUGUAUGUGCAUGUACCCAACACCCAACAUGUGUGUACACGGGGUGAGUGGUGUGUGAGCAUGUGUGUGUGCAUGUACCGGGGAAUGAAGGUGAACACAUCUGUGCGUGCACUGCAAACACGCCCCAGUGUGUCCACGUGUGUGUGCAUGAGUCCAUGUGUGCGCGUGCUGGGGGCUCUAACUGCACUUUUGGUCUCCUUGCUCCAGGGGCCCCACGAGGCCCAGGGUGGCCACCUGCCCCCAGAAUCCCGCGUGCUGAUCAGGCCAGGCCGCAAGGUCUUGGCCUGCUUGUUUGCAGGACAGCGAGAGCACUUCUGUCGUCUUAAAGGUUUUUCUGAUCGAAGCUUUAAUGGAGCGUUAUUUAUUUAUCAAGGCCUUUUUGUCAAGCCUGGGGCACCAGCAAAGGGUAGGAGGGAUGUGGGGCUGAUGCUGUGACUCCCCAUACCCCUGAGCGAGGGCAGGGGUCCCUGAGCUGUUCUUUGUCCCACUCCGAAGGAGCUGAGGCCUGAGUGGUUUAUUUAUUGGGAAAGUGAGGGAGGGAGACAGACUGACUGACUGACAGCCAUGGGUGGAUCGAGGGGGUGUUCCCUCCCCAUGGGGUCGCUGCAGGGCCCCAGCUGCCCCCAGGAUGGAUGUGAGAUGGGAGAGGUGAGUGGGGGACCUUCACUGACAGGGUGGGCAGGAGGGGUGGGGUAAAGGGCCUCCCCCCCAGCCCAGACCACAGGGGUCCUUCCUGUGGCAUUUGAAGUGCCCCCCUUCACCCCACUUCUUGCUCUGCCCCACCCUCCAAUCUGCACUUUGAUUUGCCUUCUUAACAGCUCUGUUCCCUCUGCUUUGGUUUUAAUAAAUAUUUUGAUGGUG